UUUCUGGAAAUGGUUUCAUCCAGACAGGUAUAAUAACCACGGGCUUCCACACAGACCCUGCAAUAUUACUGUCGCUCGUUUGUUAAGAGUAGGAUGUUACAAGCAAAACAGGGCACAGCAAACUCGAUGAGAUCCACAGCUUUGUACUAUCUUCAGCUUUGAUAUAUGCCACUUAUACAUUACUUACUGAGACAGUCCAGCAUUGGCGGUUGAAGAAAGUUGAUUUUUCUGAACGUUCUGCUCCAAGCUCAUGACUGCUUGUUCUUCCGUCAGCGCAACACUGAAAGUUAGUGGAGAUGAAUUCUACAUUUGUGAACCAGACAGAUCCUGGGCUUUAUUCGAACACAAGUGACACUCUGGAAGGUAUUCUCAAAUGCUGUAACUUCACGUCAGUUGUGACAGAUGAUGGUUUUGUGAUUAAUACAACUCCAGAUGAAAGGAGUCUGUACAUCAUGAGAGUUGUCCAGAUUGCAGUCAUGUGUGUUCUCUCGCUUACUGUGGUCUUUGGCAUCUUCUUUUUGGGCUGCAACCUCCUAAUUAAGUCGGAAGGGAUGAUCAACUUCUUAGUGAAGGACAGAAGAUCUUCUAAAGAAGUGGAAGCAGUCGACGUUGGUCCUUACUAGCAAACUGAUUUGAGGAGAAUACCGGACGAAAGCAGAUGUCAGUUUAUGAGGUUGUUAAAAAAUGCAUUUGUUGCCUUUCCCAUGACUUAAUCCGCAAGAUCAUCCAAGCCACAAACGCGGACAAAUAGACAAAUAUGUAUUUUAGAUAUCGACUGAGGGUCACAUCAUAAAGCGAAUUCUGAAGUGCUGUUCAGAACUUUGAUGUUAGAAAUCAAUUUGAGGCCGGGACAGGCUAUGGCAGUUCUAUCAAUUAUGUUUUCCUGUGGCGAAAGCAUAUUAUAAAGAAUGUAGAUUUAAAAAAAAACAAAAAAACAAAAAAAAAACGCAAAUUACACAAACUUGAGUAGCAAAUUGCAAGGAAGAACGCACUUAUUUAUGUAUUAAUUAAAUUCAUCUUAAUUAUGUUUUAUUUAUUGUAUUAAACCAAGAGAUGCACGAGAUUGUGUAAUUUGACUACAAUGUUUGCUUUCUCCUUUUUCGUAAAAGAAUGAAUGUUUCCAUUGCAUUUUUAUGGUUACCAUUGUAAAACAUGUUCAAUUUUAAUAUUUCACUAUUUUGUGGUGGCAGAUCACCAUGUAUUAUUCUGAGCUUUUGUCACUUUGUUUAUUCUUGCACGAACUAUUGUACUGAGAUGUAACGAAAACGUUUAUGUUACUCGUCUAUUUUAAUAAAAUGUCCCGAGAUUA